UUCAGAACACAAUGGCAAUCUCCUUAACGGGUAAGAUUGUCACAACAAUCGUGACUUUAGCCGUCAUUGGUGGUAUGAUAGCUCUUAUCGUGAUACUCGUGACUGAUGAUAAUGAUGUAGAUGUUCCUUCCACCACCACCACGGCAGCUCCUGAUGGCACUCUGUACGAAGUGGGAGUUGGUAUAGCAGAUAUGACUGGACCAUGCGUUGAAGUAACAUUUAUGGGUUACGCGGAGUUUCUUCAAACUGGUCGAGGCCUACACUUGAGGCAAUUCUCCAGAGCCUUCAUAUUCGUCAAGGGUAACACCAGAGUCGUGUUGGUCACGGCAGAGGUGCAGGCCGUGGGUGUUUACGUCAGACGGGAGGUCGUACAUAAGCUGCAAGAACUGUACGGUGAUAUAUACAGUUUGAGGAACGUGAUCAUAGCUGGCACGCAUACACACGCGGCGCCGGGCGGCCACUUAGUCGAUUUCCUGUUGGACAUCAGCAUUCGAGGCUUCUCACGUGAAACGUUCGAUGCUUAUGUCGAAGGAAUUACAAGGAGUAUUAUCAGAGCCCACGAGAACAUUGUGCCAGCUCGUCUUUUCUACGCCACCACGAAAGUGGUAAAUGCACAGAAGAAUCGGUCUGCGUUCUCGUAUGACGUCAAUCCAGAAGCAGAAAGACUUGAAUAUGACAAUAAUGUGGAUGAUGUAUUAACUCAGCUGCGUAUAGUGAAGCCCAAUGGUGAUCUCCAUGGGGUUCUCAACUGGUUUGCAAUCCAUACCACAAGCAUGAACAUGACCAACCGGCUGGUCUCGUCCGAUAACCUCGGGUACUCCGCUAUCGCUAUGGAGAAGGCGUUGAACCCCAACAACUUGGUUGGAAAGCCAGAAAUAGUAGCUGGUUUCUUCCCCGCCAACUUGGGUGAUGUUUCCCCCAACUUGGAGGAGCCUCGUUGUGAGUUCAGCAGGGAGAUAUGUGACAACCAGUUCGUGAUCUGCAGCGCUGGCCAGCGCUGCUAUGCGUUAGGACCUGGAGAAGAUAUGUUUGAGAGCACCAGAAUCAUUGGCGAGAGGAUAUACGAGGGUGCUAUGGAGGCGCUAAAUGAUCCCGGUGAAGAACUGACGGGCGAGAUUGCAGUUGUACAUCAAUUCCUGGACAUGCCGUCACAAACAGUCUCCAAAUACGACCCCAUUACUAAAACUUUCAACGAGAACGAGCAGGUGAGUGGUUGCAUCCCAGCGAUGGGCUACAGCUUCGCAUCAGGUACCACCGACGGAGCCAACACUAUGAAUAUAACUCAGGGUACACUAGAUGGAGUUCCCUUGUUGGAUCGUAUCACGGGCAUUAUAAUGGACCCCACUCCCGAGGACGAGGCGUGCCAUAGUCCAAAACCAAUAUUAUUAGCCACUGGAAAGGCCAACGUGCCCAUCCCGUGGCAUCCGAACAUUGUAUCCGCAUCUCUAUUGUGGCUGGGAGGCCUGGUGGUCCUGGGGGUGCCGGGAGAGCCCACCACGAUGACCGGCCGCCGCAUGCGCAGCGUGGUGGGCGCCGUCAUGGAAGAGAACGGGUUCGAACCCAGGGUCGUGGUGUCGGGACUCACCAACGAGUAUAUACAUUACAUAGCCACUUUUGAGGAAUAUCAGGUGCAAAGAUACGAGGCAGCAUCCACAAUCUACGGGCCGCACACGCUUGACAUCUUUUUGAAUAAAUUCGCCGAUUACACUAGAGCUGUUAUACAGGAUGAGGAACUUCCGGCGGGGCCUGAACCGCCCAAUUACAUAGACGGGGCAGUAUCCUUGAUUCUACCCGUCGUGUAUGACAGUUCACCUCUCGCACGAGGUUUUGGAGAUGUACUCCAGCAACCAGCUCCGAUUGUACGACUCGGUGACACCGUCAGAACUGUCUUUAUAGGAGCAAAUCCACGGAAUGAUUUGAAGCAAGAAUCUAGUCAUGCGGUUAUUGAACGCUCGGAAGAUAAUGUGUGGACGGUUAUUGCAACUGAUGCUGACUGGGAGACCAGGUUCUAUUGGGAGCGAGUGUCUGUAUUACUUGGUACCAGUAAUGUGACGGUGGAAUGGACAGUACCUGCCGUCACCACCCCUGGCACAUACCGCAUCGUGUACCAUGGCGUCGCCCGCCUUCCUCUCGGGAUAAUGCGGCCGUUCUCUGGGACAAGCAAUGCGUUUGACGUCACCCGAUGAUACUACU